CGAUUAAUCACCUUAUCGUACAAUAUUCUUAAAUAUAAAUAUGUAAAUCUCAGACAGUAUAUUAGUACGUCUACGGAACAGUCACUGGAACAAAGGCUAACCCUACGAAAGUUGCAGCUUGGAACUAAAGACUUAAAUUAAAACUGUAAUACGCAGUCAACUCGUUUUCAUCGCCUUUAUAGUAGCCUACAGCGUUAACUCUACCGCGUACGCAGCCGCAAAGUGUCUAAGUGCCUUAUUUGAGCUGUCGAGUGUUUAAUACAAAACAAAAACGUUGCGGCUAUAAAUACCAUUGAGCAAACAAUAGUGAGAUAGCGGAAAAAUAUUUAGUGAAAACUGAAAUCAAGGCUAAGAAUUUUGUAUGUUUCAACCGCGCUCAAAACGGACUUUAUCGAAAAUACAAAACCCAACACAUCCAACAUAAUAUUUUAUUAACUCAAAGGCAUCCCAUGAAAUGGCGAAGGACGUGCAAUCAUCUGCAGCCACACAAAAUAAAUCCGAUAUUAAAUUUUCCGCACUUUCGACAAGUGACGUUCCCGCAGUCAACGAUCCACUCUUCAAACACUGUGUGAUCCCAGUGGACGAAGGAAAUGAUAUCCAGAAACCUUUAACCCUUACUUUGUACGAUUCGUGCGAUUCCAUCAAUUUAAGUAACACAGAUAAAAAGAAGCCAAAGAUACCAGAUGGUGGCUACGGAUGGGUCAUAGUCAUGGCUUCCCUCAUCAUCGCACUCAUCGCCGACGGUUUGGGCUUCUCUUUCGGCCUUAUCAAUUCCGAAUUGCUUGCUUACUUUGGAGAGUCAACCUCGAAGACAGCCUGGAUUAGUUCGUUGUUCUUUUCGGUGCCACUGCUAAUGGGACCAAUUUGGUCAAAUAUGGUUGAUAGAUUUGGCUGUCGAAAAAUGACCAUAUUUGGUGGCUUACUAGCAUCUUUCGGGUUUGCGCUAUCUUCGCUUGGCAAUUCAGUUGGAGUGUUGAUGCUGACCUUCGGUAUUAUUUCUGGAUUAGGUGUGGGUAUUGGCUAUGUCACGGGAAUAGUAUCCAUCACCUUCUGGUUCGAUAAGAAACGCACCUUUGCUACGGGUAUUGCUGCAUCCGGCACUGGCAUCGGUACCCUCCUAUAUGCGCCCCUAACUCAGUCGUUAAUCGAAGGCUAUGGCUGGCGCGGUGCUACGCUUAUACUCGCGGCCACAAUGUUGCUCACUUGCGUAAGCGGCGCACUGAUGCGCGAUCCCGAUUGGCUAAUAGAGGAAAAUCGUCUGCAAAGUCGUUCACAAAGUGCGACAAGCUCAAGCGCGUGUCUCGAUGAAAUCAAAAAACUACUUGAUACUGGUGUGACAAAGGAAGCUGUACUUGAUACGCUGGUGACUAAAAACAACACCGAAGCUAACCAGCGAAUAAAAGAUUCGCAUGAGCGCAUCAUAAAACGCUUUGGUAGCGAGAUAUUUUUGCCAACUUUUUUGUGUUCUCAGGAUUUGGUGGCUAGCAUGUAUGGGGUGAAGAGUAUGAGCUGGCGCUCUCUACGACAUAAGGAUGCGCCAUCACGCGAAAAUUUGAUAUCGAUGGCUUCGGCAGCUGUCAAGCCUACAGUGUCUGUUAUUGCUUUGCACGACGACGAGUCGAGCACACCAUUCGAAAGACUACAACCAGCUGAUUUGCGAAAAAGUGCGACUUCUCUCAUAUCACUUAGAAACGACGUGUCCUUAGUUCUAGAUGGCAGCACAAGAAAAGUAAGUCAGAUUCCAGCAUCUGUUUUGAAGUCGGAAAAUGAUGUAGCGGAUAGGCCACCGACAAAGCGAGCACGUGCGGAUAGCGUUAUCGGUAUGCGACGAUUUUCGAAGAAACCCUCCUCACCACGAAACACAUUAGUACGUAACUCUGAUUUUCUUAAGAAGUUAAGAGUACACCGCAAUCCAAUACAUUUAUAUGCUGCCAUGUUGAACUCACAACGACAUCGAACACGUGCCACAUCGUGUCCGAAUAUCUGCAGAAAUCUUGUGACAGCGCCUGUACAGAAGGAAGAAGAACAGACUUGGUACGUACGUUUCGUUGGCACCAUGAAGACGACGUUCGAUUUAUCACAUUUUGCGGAUAUGAAAUUUACAUUAUUCAAUAUAUCAAUAUUGUUUUUGUUCAUUUGGUUUAUUAUACCAUACCUUUACCUGCCGGAAUACAUGAAAAUCCAUGGUUAUGAAACGUCGAACAGUGCGCAACUAAUCUCGGUUAUUGGUACGGCGCAAACAUUUGGCAUGAUCACUCUGGGCUAUUUGGGUGAUCGUCCUUGGAUGAAUGUCAAUAUCUGCUAUGCGGCGUGUAUGAUGGUGUGUGGCAUAUCGGUGCUGCUAAUGCCCUUUCUUGUGUCCACCUAUAGUUUGUUGUUGUUAUCAUGCGUCAUAUUUGGCUUCACAUUUGCCAGCUCAUUUUCAUUUACACCCAGCAUUUGUGUCAGUAUUGUGGAUUUAGAAGAUUUUACAUGUGCCUACGGAUUAGUGCUGUUGGUACAGGGUGUCGGUAUGAUUGCAGGACCCCCCAUCGCUGGUGCUAUUUACGAGGUAACGCUGAGCUGGGAUCACGUGUUUUAUUUUGCCGGCGUAUUUAUUUUCUUAUCUGGUGUGGCUGCUUAUUCGAUAGAAUUCUUUAAGAAACUGGAGAACAGCGGCAUCUGUGCAGCUAAGAAAUCUCAACUAGUUCAUUAAAUUUGUUUGUUAACAAAUUAAAAAAAUUAUAGUAAAUACGGAUAGAGUUAUAAGCAGAGUGAAUACUUAGUUAGAAAUACGAAUAGAUAUGUAAUGUUUUUAGUUAUAGAUUCGCAAAUACAUAGGUAUUUAUUAGAAUAUAAA